UGUAGUAACCCAGAGCAGUAGAGCUCUCAGCUAGACAUGGCGGCGGAUCCUAAGCCGGACUGGCUCUCCUGCCUUCCCUCUUCUUGGAGUUAUGGGGUGACUCGAGAUGGACGCAUAUUCUUCAUCAACGAAGAAGCAAAGAGCACAACCUGGUUGCAUCCUGUUACUGGAGAAGCUGUAAUCACGGGCCACAGAAAAACUCCAGAUUUACCAACAGGAUGGGAGGAAGGAUACACAUUCGAAGGAGCUCGCUGCUUCAUCAAUCACAAUGAGCGAAAGGUGACCUGUAAGCACCCGGUGUCAGGUGUCCCCUCCCAAGACAACUGCAUCUUUGUCGUAAAUGAACACAUGAGUUGUGGAAAGCUUGUCCACCCUGACAAGCCCUUAGAGGCUCAUAGCAGGCCAGCUCCUAAGGCUUCAUCAGAGCAGAGCAGCAGCAGUGACAAGAAGGAACGUCCCAUGAGCACCAUGAGCGAGGCGUCAAACUACACGGGUGGCUCCGAUUACAGCACCUUCCCUGGCAGCCCAGCCACUACCAUCACAACUGCCACCACCAACACCUCCACCUCAUCCACACGGCCCUCUAGGUCUUCCAAAAAAAUUCACAAUUUUGGAAAGAGGUCAAACUCCAUCAAGAGGAACCCCAACGCCCCGGUGGUCAGGAGCAACUGGCUUUACAAACAGGACAGCACUGGCAUGAAGCUGUGGAAGAAGAGGUGGUUCGUUUUGUCCGACAUGUGCCUCUUCUACUAUCGCGAUGAGAAAGAGGAUAGCAUCCUUGGAAGUAUCCUGCUGCCAAGCUUUCACAUCUCCAUGUUGUCGGUGGAUGACCACAUCAGCAGGAAAUACGCUUUCAAGGCCACUCACCCCAACAUGCGGACGUAUUAUUUCUGCACUGACACAGCCAAAGACAUGGAGUCCUGGAUGAAAGUCAUGACGGAUGCUGCUCUGGUCCACACUGAACCAGUCAGAAGAUUAGACAAGUUGAAAGUGGAUCAACGGACCCCUCAGGAGUUGAACAACUUACUAAAUCACAGAUGUUUGACCCGGCCCGAGAUCCAGAACAACGAACGCAACCGUGAGCCUGUGCGACAACACUCACUAUCUCGAGUCGACGACAAACGGCAAAAAGAACUGGAGAAGCACAACGGCCAGAGGGAGCGUGAGUAUUACACCCUACAGAGAGACGGGGAGAGGUACUCCCUGAAGAAAGACGGCGUGAGCUACAUGCUUCAUAAGGACGCAGAAAAGUAUCUCCUCCACAAGGAUGGAGACAAGUACAUGCUGCGAAAAGGCGGGGAGAAAUCCUCGCUUCAGAAAGAUGGAGAGGUUUACACAAUUCACAGGGAUCUGGAAAAGUACGCUGUUCAGAACGUGGACGAAAAGUGCACUGUGACGCCGACAGAGGAGAAAUAUGCUCCAGCUAAAGAUGGAGAGAAGUACCUGCUCACGAAGGACGGAGAAAAAUAUGCACUGCAAAAAGAAGGAGACAGGCACACACUCCAGAAAGAUGGACAAAAAUAUAUUCCACAGAAGGAGGUUAAGAGACAGUUGUCAUUAAAAGAGACAGAGAGGUAUGGCAUAAUGAGGGAGACGGAGGGUAAAUAUGGUGCCAUACAAGUUAUAGACAAAUACGGCACUGUGAGGGAAGUGAAGAAAUACAGUACACUCCGAGAAGGGGAUAAAUAUGCUUAUCUCAGAGAUGCAGGGAAGUAUGCUACGGUCCGUGGUGGGGAUAAAUAUGGCUUCCAGAGAGACCCGAGUGGAGAGAGGUCUCUGACUAAAAUCAGCAGUAUUAAGCUGCAGCCAGCUCAGGCUGCCGCUAUCGCAGCUGCAGUGUCUGCGUCCCGACAGGGCCAGGCCAACCUCAAUGUCCAAAAUCCUGCACAGGUCAACAGCUCAGGGACCACAGCAGGGGAACAGACUGGGGACUGCAGCCCGGCAGAGGUGGACAGCAGCCUGGUUAUGGGUCCAGGGAAGUCCCCUGUUCCAGUCCAGGAGCCAGAGAGGGGACUGUCCAGGACCAACUCCAUGCAGCAGCUUGAACACUGGGUCCGCACACACAGGACAAGAGGACCGGACGAUGAUACCAGAAGUAUUAUGUCCUACCAGACCCUACCCAGGAACAUGCCCAGCCACCGUGCUCAGAUUGUGCCCCGUUACCCAGAGGGCUAUCGCACGCUUCCCCGCAACAGCAUGAUGAGGCCUGACAGCAUCUGCAGCGUGGCGGGCUCUGUGUAUGACCGGGCCCUCCGUCCCGCCUCCACCACCACAGUCACCACAGCGGAGAAGAGGAGGUCGAUGAGGGACGACACCAUGUGGCAGCUGUAUGAGUGGCAGCAGAGGCAGGCCUUUUCCAGGCAAAGUCUGGCUCAGCCAACAGCUGUGGGUCAUUAUGGCACCCUGCCCAGUACCAAGACCAUGGGUAAUAUCUCUGAACAUGCUGUGGCGCACUCCAUCCCCACCUCACCGUCUCAUGGCUCCCUGGCUCUCUACAGCACCUUCUCCCCUCCUCGCCAGCAGGUCACUCACAAUCCCAGCAGCUCCCACUCCGAGGUGUCCUCACCUGUCUUCAGGGCGGACAUGACAUUGGACCACCGGCACAGGACACAAGUCACUAAGUACAGCUACCCACCUGACAGACGAUCCAUUGCAGCCAGCAUCCCUCCUCAAACAAUCACCCCACAGUCCCUGCAAGGAAAGACACCUGAGGAGCUGACCCUGCUCCUGAUCAAGCUCCGCCGGCAACAGGCGGAGCUCAACAACCUGCGAGAACACACAGUAGCUCAGCUAAUGGCCCUGGGUAUGGAGGGGCCCAACGCUAAGACUGAUGUUCUUUCCCAUCACCUCCAGAGGAACCUUAUUUACCUGGACAGCCAGACGAAGGAGAAUGAGCCUCUAAUCUUCAUGAUUCACACUAUGAUCGAGAACUCGGCUCCGAGGCCGCAACUCUAUCAGCAAAUCAGUCCAGACAGCUUUAAAGAAGGCCCCUUCAUCCAGCGCACAGAAGAGGCUGACGUAGACACCAAGCUCAGCAGACUGUGUGAGCAGGACAAGGCGGUUAGGAUGCAGGAGGAGAAACUGCAGCAGCUACUCAGAGAGAAGCACACUCUUGAGACGGCCCUCCUGUCUGCCAGUCAGGAGCUAAGUGAACAGAGUGGCUCCAAUGCUGCAGCCACUCAGAGCCUGGUCCAGCAGAGAGAUGUGCUGCAGAACGGCCUGCUGAGCACCUGCAGAGAGCUGUCCAGAGUCACCACUGAGUUGGAGCGUUCCUGGAGGGAGUACGACAGGCUGGGGGCAGAUGUCACUCUGGCUAAGUCCAACCUGCUGGAGCAGCUGGAGGCCCUGGGCAGCCCACAGACAGAACCUCCAAGUCAGCGGCACAUCCAGAUCCAGAAGGAGCUGUGGAGGAUCCAAGAUGUGAUGGAGGCUCUAGCCAAAAAUAAACCACAGCGGAGCACAGACAGCACAGGUUUACCUGGUUCCAAACCACUCUCCAGCCAACAGAAGGAUGAGGCAGUGACGCUGCUGCCACUCAGUCCUCUCAAGGAGGGUGACAGCGUGCCCCCCCGCCCGCCCCUCCCCCAGUACUACGACUCAUCAGAGCGCCCCCCUCAGGUGCCCCCCCACCACACACACCCUGGUGGCCGCCUGCCCCCCCACACACACCGCACCGAGGAACGCAAGGCUGGCUCCAGGAACGGCCACAGCCAAGCUCCAGACUACAGGCUGUAUAAGAGCGAGCCUGAGCUGACCACGGUGAAAGAGGAAGUAGACGAGGCCAACGGUGAGGACAAGGACAAGACAGAGACCUCGGCUGAGAGCAAAGACACUGCAGCUUCAAAAGUGCCCCCCUAUCCAGUGGGCAUCAUUCCUCCCAGGACCAAAUCUCCUCUGAGUCCCCCUGAAUCCUCCACCAUUGCCUCCUAUGUCACCCUGAGAAAGACCAAGAAGCCUGAAUCUAGAUCAGACCGCCCUAGGAGUGCAGUGGAUCAGACAGGAUUUGGGGAGCGAGAGGCAGGUAGAAUGAGGAUGAGUGUGGAGGAGCAGUUGGAGAGAAUGAGGAGAAACCAGCAGGCCUCGUCACUUCGAGAGAAGAAGAGAGAAACCCCGUCCCGCUCACCCUCCUUCAGCAAAGACAACCCUCUUAUUAUCCAGCAGCGGCGGAUCCAGGCGGAGGGGGCCUAUGCAGACCCUUUGGAGCUGGAAGCAGCUCUGCAGCAGUUGAAGGUGGCUCACAUGGAGCAGAGCCAGACGGUUGCUGAGGCUGCUGGGACUCACACAGAACCUGCACCACAGGAGGUGCAAAGAGUGGAGGAGGUGAAAAAUGACAAGUGUGAGGAAGUGCAGCAGGGCAGGCACCCGACCCUGCAGAGUGUGAAGGAGCCGCUGGCCGAGGCCGACAGCAUAGACAACGAGCUGUGUGAGAGCCAGAGGGUGGUAAUUCUGGACCUGUGCACGGAGCCUCAGCGUGUGGAGAUAGUAAACUUUCAGCCUUUUGAGGAUGAUGAAAGCAGAGAGCAAGACCUGACCAGUUCACCAACAAACACCACCACUGAAAACAGCUUCCAGACUCCUGAGCCUGAGACGCCGAGCCCAGAGCCAAGAGAGGAGGAACCAGUCGUGACGCAACAAACCAGCAGAGAGGAGAAGCUGGAGAAGAGAUUAGAUUCUUUCAACCAGCUAACAACAGACGACAAGAAACACAACAACAACAAUAACAACAUGUUGGCUUCGCAGACUUUCACCUUGGUGAGCAGUGACACGUGAGCGGCGCCAUCCUCGACAUCCACAGAGGUGUCCCGUAAAGCCCAAAUGUAGCCUGCCUGCACAGAGCAUGCUCCACGGCUUCCUGCAUUUAUAAGAGGACUAUUUUGAUACUACUGUUACAUGCCCACAAGGAGACUGACACUGAGAGGAUGACAGCCCUGCUCACUGACUGACAACACACAGAUGGGCCACCAUCACUUACAGAUAGAGAGAGAGAGGCAUAUCUUUAGCACCUGUUAGAUCUGUCCAUACUGAUAUGUCCCUGAACAAAACACCAAUUCUAUGGAGUCAAAUUUGUCUCAAAACACUUUUGCAUAAAUAUAAGAUUGUGAAAUGGUCAUUAAAUAGAUAAAAAUGAUGUUGGAUUUCGUUAAAAUAUACCUGUGCAACCCCAGAAAUGUUUGUUGGCGUCUGAGUCUCGGGCUGUGCAUUAACAAGCAGCUGUACAAGGUUCAUAAUUGAAAAGGAAGAAGUUUUAAGGCAGGUCCUCAAGUUACUUGACCCAUAUAACAGUGAACCCUACCUUAUGAUAAUAGGUCAUAUUUUAAGGAGUUGGUAAAUGGCUGGUGCAAUGCCUGUUUUAGCCACUUUUUUGUGUUUUGUGUCUUUACAGACGUGAUGCACUUCUUUAAAAACAAUUAUUAUCUGUUUCAGAGGCUGUAGUGGGCUCAGUUUUAAAGCUAUGACUACAAUAUGAAACAUUACUAAAUGAAACAUUACUAAAUGAAACUCCACACUACAAGCUGAGACUCUUGUAGAUUCAAUGAGCCCAAUUUUAUUCACGUGUGAUGAUGUCCCAUAGCAGCAUUUCAUUGCAGCGAGAGCAUUUUUUAAACUUGACAUCACUGUAUAAAAUGUGACCUUUAGGAUAAUCACAGCCUCAUGAAACUUUACAACCACAUACUACAGACCUAGAGCAUUCAGAGGAUGGAUGGCUUACCUAUGUAUAUUGACAAUAAGGGAGUUUCUGCAGUUUACAGAACAGAAGUGCUCGCCCUUCAAUCACAGAAAAAAGCAGUUAUUCAAGAAAUCUAAGUCAAACGUUUUUGAUACUUUUGAUACUUAAUCAUACCAUGGAUCUUUUUAUGGUGUUCCUCAAGGUCCUGGCGACUUAAUGUGGUAUUUUUUACCAUCUUCAUCAAUUCUCAAGUAAAUAAUAAUUUAAAAAAAUAGAACCAAAUCUGUUUAACGAAUGUUAUCCAACCCAAAAUUGCUGAAAAACAACUUAUGAGACAUAAUUUAGCAUGGGCAUGGUCUCAUAGACUCACAUAAUGUUUUAAACCCUUAUAUCUUUAAAUCCUUAAUUAGUCAGUAUUGUUUGUAAAUCAUCUGUAGUUACUUGCAUUAAACUGAAGAAAACUGAUUAGAAAAUGUGACUGACGUAACAACUACAGUAGUGAAGCACAAUUAAAACAUGACUUGUCAUGCAACUGGCUUGAUUUAAAUAGCAGCAUAUCAAGCAGUCAAGCAUGAGUUGAACAACUGAAAAAGACAUCAGAACACCUCUUGUGUGGACAUGCUCUUUAAAGCCCCUGGGUCCGAACUGAAAAGAGGUUAGGCCUAUGUUUGUGUGCACAAGAUUCUUUGGGGGGUCAGGAACAAGACAGGUGUAUUUUUAGUAUCAACAAAUUUCAUUUUACACAUGGAAAUAACACUCUCGAAUGGUAUUUCAUCAAAGCCAUUCAUGGCAUUGCACUUGGUUGUAUACAUAUCAGGUAAACAAAGGACUUUGAAAAGAGCCUUCACACCCCAAGUUCAGUCGGUUUGUGUUUGAGAGUUUAAGAUGCUGUUAAUUCAGUGUUAGAGAAGAACAUUUAUCAAUGCAGACUAUUUGAUAAUUUAUCUGUGUAAAAGCCAGCUACUUUAAAUAAUGCUGGCCACAGAACAAA